UGAGUAUUUGACAGUUGAAAUUUCAUCAGCGCAAAAAAAUUUGGCUGUCAGUCGAAGUUAUAUUUUUUUAAUUGCGUCCUGGAAGCGUUUAAGUCCAAAUAAAAUAAAAUUGUCGUUAUUUAGUUGAUAAAAAGCACAAUAAAAAUGCCUAGAGGUAAAUUCACUAAUCACAAAGGGCGCAGCCGUCGUUUCACGAACCCCGAUGAAUUGGAGGAAGAAAGGAGAAGGGACGAACAAAAAAAAAAGUGGAGGCAACAGCAUGGUGAUGAGACUAGUGAAUCUGAGGAGGAAGCACCUGAAAAGAAAAUAAGCGAAGAAUCUGGCAGCGACUCUGAAUCUGAAGAAAGCAGCGAUGAGGACAAAAAAGCCAAGGGUGUAUCGAAGUUAAUCGAAAUAGAGAAUCCCAAUAGAGUACAAAAAAAAAUGAAGAAAGUGACAGCUCUAACCACCUCGGAUAUGGAUGGGAAACCUCAGUUAUCCAGGAGGGAGAGAGAGGAAAUUGAAAAACAAAAGGCGCAGGCUCACUAUCAAAAGUUACACGCGGAGGGAAAAACUGAUCAGGCUCGUGCUGAUUUGGCUCGAUUGGCCAUUAUUAGGCAACAGAGGGAGGAUGCAAAAAAACAGAGGGAAAUGGAUCAAAAACAAAAAGAAGAUGCUGCCAAACAAAAAACUGCCGCCACUCAAAAAGCAUUGGGAAAAAAAUAAUUUUUACUACUUUACUAGUAAAUAAGCCUUUUUAACUAGUAUAAAAUAUUGCAAUACUAAUUAAACAUUGACAUCGCGUUUUUUCUGUAAAAAAAUAUUAAAAUUUAUAAAAAAAUUAUAAUAUUUGAAAGUAUUUAUAAAAAUAACGUACAAAAGUCAUUAAUUAUUGUAUUUACUUGC